AUGCAGGAAGAAGAUUUGCCCACUGGCACUGUCUUGAUUGCCGGGGGAGGGCCCGUUGGCCUUCUCGUGGCCCAAGUCCUGGCCCACUAUCAAGUCAAAUCGGUAUUGUUGGAGCGGAACCAGUCUACGACCAAAUGGCCAAAGAUGGAUCUCACGAAUUCAAGGUCAAUGGAGAUAUUUCGCAGACUUGGACUUGCCGAUGCCUUGAGAGAACAGGGCGUGGCUUCUCAUAUUCCACAACCUGUCUUGUUCUCCACCGGUCUUCCCGCGGAUAGGAUAAUCACAAAAUGGGAACAUCCAAGCGCGAGUCUUUCUAGUCAUAGAGCUAGCAAGAUUGAGAUAAUGGCUGACUGA